UUAAGAAAGUUGGGAAUUGUGACAUUGACAUAUGUGUUGUUAAAACGAUGUUGCCUUUUUUUGGUUCACUUAAAUAAUGUCAAAAGUAUUUGAAGUGAAGUUCACAGACAGAUGUAAGGUCCUACCAGAGGGAUUCUGGUCAGCUGUUGAAGUAUGGAUAAAGAAACCACACGUUCUGAACAAACGGCUGUGUGGAGUAAAAGAGACAGAAGACAAGAACGUGGAUACUGAAGAGCUUGAAAAACAUUUAUGCGAUCUCACAUGCAGUGGCAUUCAGGAAUGGACCGAGGCUCUGUCUUUCUUGCAAGCUGGUACUGAUGAAGACCACGAGACGGCAGGACGUUGGUGUGUUGCAAUUAGAACAAUUAUCCCUAAGGUUAAUACCGGUGGGGAGAAUCUGUACAAAGACAUUGUAGUCAAAGAUAUUGCUCGACAAGCAGUGACCUUUCUGCCGUUUGAACAGAAUGCAGAGGGUCAUAUUCUUAGGAAUACUAACUUUUACCAAAUCCAGCUGCACCUUGAAAAUACGGAGGAAUGGGUGAUGUCAUUUAACGUCCAGAGGCCUGAAGAGUGGUAUUCUGAUGGAGUGGCCUAUCCUAAACUCACCUGGUUGGAGAGAGAGCUCUUGCCCAAGCUAACACGCUGGGCGACAGAGAGCAAGACCAGUGAAUUUAAAAGUACGCUCUCUCUGAUCCCUGUGGACAAGUACAGCCUUUUGUACCAAAAACUGAAAGACAAGUACAAAGAAAUGGUUAAGGUCUGGCCUGAAGUGACUGAUCCAGAGAAAUUUGUUUUUGAGGAUGUCGCCAUCGCUACAUAUCUCCUUGUGUUGUGGGGUGAGGAGCGUAUGCAGAAGGGCGCGACAUCCAAACAGUCCUUCGUCGAUCUCGGCUGUGGAAACGGCCUCCUCGUUCACAUUCUGACCAACGAGGGCCAUCCUGGAAAGGGUAUUGAUGUCCGUAAAAGGAAAAUCUGGGACAUGUACGGCCCAGAUACACACUUAGAGGAAACCGCAAUCACACCCAGCGAUAGCUUUCUGUUCCCUGGCACAGACUGGCUGAUUGGAAACCACUCGGACGAACUCACACCGUGGAUCCCUGUUAUUGCAGCCAGGUCUUCUUAUUCUUGCCGCUACUUUGUGCUUCCCUGCUGUUUCUUUGACUUCUAUGUGAAGUAUCAGCGCAGGCACUGUAAGAAGACUCAGUAUAGAGAGUACAUAGAUUUCAUCUCUGAGGUGAGCACAGCGUGUGGCUUCAACACAGAAGAAGACUGCCUGAGAAUUCCUUCUACCAAACGGGUGUGUCUGAUUGGGUCGAGCAGAAGCUACAGAGAGCCGGACGAGGCCCUAGCCGAGAACAGAAGAGCGUGCUACAUCAGAGGACGACAGGUUUGCGCCGCAAGUACGGCGACAACUAACCAUAUCACCCAUAAUAUCCCAAACGGGUGUAAUCACCACAGAGAUGGUGACGGACAGGAAGACCUGAGCCCCGGGAGCAACUGGGGAAGUGGUUUCCAACCACGAGAGAAGGUCGAAUCCGUGAGGAACUGUGCAGCCUUGCCCCGAGACUUCAUCAGCGCCGUGGUUUUACGGGUGGCAAAUGCUCUGUUAGAGCUUAGUGGAGAGGAGACGGAGAAGACAGAAGAGGAGAGAGGUGCAGACGCUUGGAACACGGGAGGUAGUCUGUCCAUCAGGGAGGUUGCUGAGCUGUUGGACCAGCCUACUUUGCAGACACUGAAGAAGGAGUGUGGUGGUCUCCAGACCCUUCUGAAAAACAACCAUCAGGUGUUCAGGGUGGAGAGUGGCCGGGUUCGUAUUCGAGACUGGAGAGUGGAGGUCAGAGGGUCAGACAGGAGAGAGGAGUCCAAGCGGAAACCUCUGACUGCGGGGGCUGUGAAAACCCGGCUGUGUUGGUUCCAUACUCACCAUCCCCAGGGAUGUCCACUGCCCUCUGAAGACUGCGCUUUCGCUCACGGGUCACGCGACCUUCGACCCUCCACACGUCCCCUGAAGAAGCUGAGGAACUGAUUGCCUACCUCACCUGUUACGAAUGCAGUGUCAUUUCCUGACUUUGGGAAUUUAAUUAGGUUGAAUUUUUUUAACCAUGCAACCAAGAGAUGUCUCUGCUUGGUAUAAGGGCUCUCUCAACCCCCAAUUAUGAAUUAUUGUGCAUUUCUCUCAUUAAAUAGACAUUUAAAAAUGAA